AUCAGGAGAUCCAAGAGUUCCUGAAGUCAGAGAACAGAUCAGAGAAGGAACUGUCUGAGAUCCACUGUUCAGCUCUGGCCUACGUUCUGCAGAUGUCAGAGGAGGUUCUGGAUGAGUUGGACUUGAAUAAGUACAAGACAUCAGUGGAGGGACGACGGAGACUGAUCCCAGCUGUGGGGAACUGCAGAAAGGCUGUAUUGAGGUCCUGCAGUUUGUCAGAGAUCAGCUGUGCUUCUCUGGCCUCAGCUCUGAAGUCCAACCCCUCCCAUCUGAGACACCUGGACCUGAGCUACAACAACAAGCUGCAGGAUUCAGGAGUGAAGCUGCUGUGUGGUUUUCUGGAGAGUCCACACUGUAGACUGGAGACUCUGAGAUUGAGGUCCUGCAGUUUGUCAGAGAUCAGCUGUGCUUCUCUGGCCUCAGCUCUGAAGUCCAACCCCUCCCAUCUGAGACACCUGGACCUGUGGGGAAACACUCUGCAGGAUUCAGGAGUGAAGCUGCUGUGUGGUUUUCUGGAGAGUCCACACUGUAGACUGGAGAAUCUGAGAUUGGAUGGCUGCAGUUUGUCAGAGAUCAGUUGUGCUUCCCUGGCCUUAGCUCUGAAGUCCAACCCCUCCCAUCUGAGACACCUGUACCUGUGGGGAAACAACUUGCAGGAUUCAGGAGUGAAGCUGCUGUGUGGUUUUCUGGAGAGUCCACACUGUAGACUGGAGACUCUGAGAUUGAGUUCCUGCAGUUUGUCAGAGAGCAGCUGUUCUUCUCUGGCCUCAGCUCUGAAGUCCAACCCCUCCCAUCUGAGACACCUGGACCUGAGCUUUAACAACAAGCUGCAGGAUUCAGGAGUGAAGCUGCUGUGUGGUUUUCUGGAGAGUCCACACUGUAGACUGGAGACUCUGAGCUGGAGGGAGCGAGCUUUCCAAAUGUGAGAGUGAAGAGGACGGUGUGUGUGUUGAGAGAGGACGAGCUGUGUCCUGAUGAUCCAGAGAGGU